AAUUUUGGAUUCAAGGCAGUUUUGAAUAUGACUUCCAAAUGUGACAAAAAUGAAAUUGAUGGAGAUCUUGUCAGACAAAGACAACUGGCAGAGACUCAACAAAUUACUUGAACGAAUUCUGUAGGUCCUCAAAUAUCCCAAAUUUAUCUAAAAAUAAGGUGCUGUGACAGUAAAAAAAGAACCACUCCUAGUCGUCGAAAUUAGGUUGAUAAAGAGACUUAUCUACAUAGGUGUUAAAAACUUGCCAAUAAACCCCCCCCCAAAAGGGGUUGUUCUAGUCACAUGAAGCAGAUACCGAUUGCUUUGGGUUGAUUUGGGUAAGUUUUAAUUCGGGUGGCUUUGAUUUUUAAACCCAAAAUUUUGAUUAAUAUAAGUACGGAAAUCUUUAAAUCCAAAAUCCAACCAAUAUCAUGCUAAACCCUAAUCAAAUUGAACCAGGCCAAGAGUUUGAAAUAAUCUUCUUGGACCAAGCAAGAAAGAAAAGGAAAUAACCCUCUUGGGACCAUCUUCUCUCCAUCACACAAUAAGUCAUUUGCUGCAAUUGUUUAGGUUAAAAUAUCACCCACUUCAGAUCUAAGCUUUGAUCAAGUAAUUCAUGCAUUUUCAACCUGACUCAAAAUGCACUUGGAGCCUACCUGCAGCCCAUAUGGAUUAAAGUAAACUGAUAGUUAAAUGGAGGUGCCUCCCAGGCCUUGGUUUCAUGCCUCCACACUGGCUAAUCAAACCUCCAACUUCAUCUUCGCCGGCUCCGGUUAUCCACUCGCCGAGGACUCAACAAGUUCAUCCAUGGCGAGACCUCCCUGUUCAGACAAACUGAGCGUGAGAAGGGGCCGUUGGAAUGAAGAAGACGAUGCCAAGACACUUGCUCAUGUGCCCAAAAAUGGAGCUGGAAACCGGACUACUACUGUUGCCAAGAAAACAGGGCUUGGGAGAAUCCGGUGGAGUUCUAACUGUCUCAGACCCGAGGUUCGGCAUGAGAGCUGCAGCUUCACACCUCGAGAAGAGGAGCUGAUCAUUAGGCUUCAUGAAGUUAUUGGCAGCAGGUGGUCUAUAAUAGCCCAGCAGCUUCCGGGGAGAACAGACAAUGAUGUGAAGAACCAUUGGAACACCAAAUUAAAGAAGAAGCUCUUUUCAAUGGGGAUUGAUCCCAUUACUCACAAGCCGUUCUCCAAGCUCCUUGCUGAUUAUAGAACCAUCAAUGGCGGCCUCCCAAGAGAUGGGGCUCGAAUUGGGUCCCUGAAGAAUGCAUUAGCCCCCAAAUCAGAGCAGCCUCUGAUCCCACAAGAAGCAUUUCCAGACUUCAACCCCAAUCUUCCACCAAGCCCCCACGCAGACUCCAUUGAAGACAGUUUCUUGAACAACAAUGCGAAUGGUUCGCUCGAUCUCCUGGCUCAGCUCCAAGCCAUCUCUCUAGUUGCAGCAGCCUCCCACGGCACCAGCCACAGCAGGGAGGCGCCAUUAAACCCCUCGCCGAGCUUCUGCUGGAGCGAUUUUCUUCUCGAGGAUCCAUUUCCACAGCCUGAUGAUCAGCAGAAUGAGAUGCUGCUGCUGCUGCAAAGUGAUGUGAAAGAAGAGGAGAAACAAAGCUCUGGUGCAGCUGAAGAAAUGGGAGAUGACUGCUAUGGCACCACAAGCUGCAGCAGCUUUGAAGCUUCAUCAUCAUCUUAUGAUAGAUCCUUUGUUGAAGCCAUGCUUGAUGGACAAAAUGACAUGCUCUUGGAUUUCCCAGAAGAACCAUUCUUCCACUCAAUUACCAACAAUUAAUCAACUUCAUAGGAUAUGUAAGUGAAAGAGCCCAGAAGAAGUAGAGAUUGAUAUCAUAUAUACAAUUAUCACUUUGGUUGCUCCAAAUGAUAGUGCUUUGGCAAAGUUGAGUUGUUAGCUAAAAGCCCUUUGCUUUGAUUUUGUUAUUGUUUCUAAAUGAUCAAAUCAAUUAGUUUAAUUGGGUUAUUU